GAUGGAGUACGAUACCAGCACCCGUAAGUCCCCCCUAUGUAGUUCCAUCCUCACCCGUAAUGCAUGCAUGCGUGGCUAACUCACACUCCGCGCCUACAGCUCCGUACCGGACCUCCGACCAGACCUCGUUCGCAUACGUUUCCGCGCGCGAUCGGUGGCCCGUGAUCCUGACGCAAGCGAUUGACGACGUGUUCCGCACGACGCGCGACCACACGGAUCCCGAAAAGAUCGCCGAGGGAAAGCGCAUCGUCGAGAAGCUGGCAAAGCUCAAAUACGAAGUGCAGCAUGACCGGGUUCUGUCGCCAAUCGAGGAUGAUGGCGCCGCAGAUGUGAAGAUAUACAAUGACGAGCUGGAACAGCUCGGAAGCCCCAAGUGGUUCAAUGUCUCCUGGCUGUACUCCGAAUGCUACCUCUACCGCCGCCUGCACUCGUUCUUUGCGCCGACCAAGUACUGGCGCGACUACGACCCGUUCCACGCGCAGAAGAAUAGUACAUUCCGGGCGUCGCUGGCGGCAGUAGUGGAGCUCGCAACGCGGUACAAACAGAUCGUUACGGCUUCGCACGAUGACAAGGAGGAGGUAGAGGUCGAGAAAGAAAAGCUACUAUUUACGGAGAUGAUGGAGAUCUGUCUGUGGGGCAAUGCUACGGAUCUGUCGCUGCUCACUUCGCUCACCUACGAGGAUAUUCAGAAGCUCCAGGGCUCGAAAGCGCGGAAGGACGCUGAGGCGAAUAUUCUUGCCAAUGAUCUGCCCAAGGUCUUUGAAGUUCUACGAAAAGCAAAGGAGUCCGGUAAGGUGUCCCGGCGGCUGGACAUCGUCCUCGACAACUCGGGCUUCGAGCUCUUUGUCGACCUCGUCCUCGCUGGCUAUCUCCUCGAGGAAAAGCUAGUCACCGAGGUCGUCCUCCACCCCAAGUGCAUGCCCUGGUUCGUCAGCGAUGUGCUGCCUGAGGACUUCACCGAUCUCCUGGCGGCGCUCGAAGACCCGGUCGCAUACUUCAACGCCAGCGAACUCACCGAGGAGCAGCAAACGGGGCUCAAGUUCCUCCACUCGAACUGGAACGGCUUCUACCAAUCCGGCCAGAUCCGGCUGCGCGAAGACCGGUUCUGGACGCUGCCCGGUAGUUACUGGCGACUGCCCGCUGUGGCGCCAGAGCUCUACGAGGAGCUGAAGACGGCAGAGUUGGUGGUUUUCAAGGGCGACUUGAAUUACCGCAAGCUCACCGGCGAUGCGGAGUGGGAUCCCACCACGCCCUUCGAGGAGGCCAUCGGUCCGCUCGGAAAGAAGGACUCGGGAAUGCGCACCCUCGCCCUCAGGACAUGUAAGGCCGACGUGGUAGUCGGAUUGCCGAAAGGGAAGGAUGAGGAGUUGAGGGGAGAGGACGUGCUCUCCAGGAAGUGGGGGUGGAGCGGCAAGUGGGCUGUCGUGCAGUUUUGGGACGGGAAGGCGUGAGUCGCGCGGGGCAGAGGACAUCAGCAUAGUUACACUAGAGCAGUAGAGGACAUGUGAAUAGAGAAUCCGUUGCA